AUGUCAUCAGAGACUCCAUCGACUCUCCUCACUUACCAAGACUCGCUCUCCCUCUCAUCUUGCCUAACCAGAUACAAAGUGACAAUCCAAGACCCCCAAAGUCGAUCUUCCGCCUUAACCCGCAUCAGCCAACAUUCAGAUCGUCAAUCCAACAAGCAUUUCCUACGCUCAACAAGGGACAAAAAUGGAAACCUGAUUCGUUACCUGUGGCUUACUGACGCAUCUAACGUAGAACCUCUCGAACUUGUGGAAGUGGACGGUCCGAAACCUGAAAAUAAACCGAUGAUUAGGAACAGUAGAAAUCAAGUUGAUUUACAUAUCCCAUUCGAUUUCAGAGAGAAAUUUGAUGGGAUUGAGAUGAGCGGAUUUACCAAUUCCAUUGAAUCAUCCAAUGUGGUAAACGACUGGAAGGAAAAAUCCGAAUUCGAACUGAUUAUGACGGAUGGUGGUGAACUGCACAAGGGAAAUUCAUUCGUUCUAGCUGAUAUGAUCGAUGAGGUGGUCGUUCCUCAAUUAACACUUGAUUUCUACAUGGGCGAAAGUAAAGUCAAGACUUUAGGUGGGUUAGUAGGUAGUUUGAGAGGGAAAACUAUCAUUUAUGGAAAAGAAAUUCAACAACAAGAUGAAUCGACGGAUGAUCUUGCUAGUACGAUCAUCAUCUAG